AUGUCCACCGAAAUCGCCACCGUCUCUCUGGAUACAUUCCUCCUCGACCCCUCCUCUCCCGACGCCUUGAAACAAGCCCGUCUCGCCGCCGAGUCCCUCGUCUUGACUGGCGCGCUGAUCGUGAGAGAUAGCAGAGCGCCGAAAGAGGCCAAUGACAGGUUUCUGGACCUGUUUGAAGACUAUUUCGCACAGGAUGAUGAGGUGCUGAAAGAAGAUGAGAGGCCGGAGCUGGGGUUUCAGGUUGGCGUGACCCUGGAGAACACUGAGAAACCUAAAUGUUCCUCUGAUGAAGGGUGUAAAGCAGUCAUAGCUUCCCUGCAUCCUUCCGAAAGACCAGAAGACCUUGAAGGGUACAGCGCGGAUCCCAAGUGCCGCUUCUUCCAUAGGAUGUCGGAAGACCCGCCGUAUAGAUCUGCGUUUCCAAACCUGGACGCACCGAAUGUGACGCCCAGGGCUUUUGAGGGGACGUGGAAAGGAAGGGUGAAGGAGUGGGGGACGCAUAUGAAAGAAGCCGUUGAAGGGGUAUCGAGGAUGGCGGCAAAGGGGUUGGGAUUGGAAGAAGGGGCAUUCUUGGAAGCUGGCCAGUUCGGUAACCAUCUCCUUGCGCCAAUUGCUACCGACCUUCAGAAAUACGGCCAACUCAGCACGAUCUAUGCUGGGUUCCAUACGGAUCUGAACUUUUUGACUAUCCAUGGCCAGUCUCGGUACCCUGGAUUGCAUAUCUGGGCACGUAAUUCUGGCAAGAAGAUGCAAGUCAAAAUCCCACCAGGCUGUCUGCUCGUACAAGCAGGCAAACAGAUGGAAUGGCUCACUGGCGGUCUUGUCAAAGCGGGUUAUCAUGAGGUCGUUUGUACGCCAGGUACUCUGGAUACGCUCGCAAGAAGACGGGCCGAAUUUCCGGAUAGACCUUCCAUCCGUAUCUCUUCCACCUUUUUCUGGCACCUCUCAUCAGACUUUAAACUGUCCCCCAUUCCGAGUCUGAGAAAGAAAGCGGAAGAGGCGUUUGGGGAGCAGGAAGAUUAUGGGGAGAUGCUUGUGGGAGAUCAAGUGAGGCGGUACGUUCUUCCACUGCUUUGUUUCGUGUGA